CAUGAGCGGCCGGCGGGGCUGAGCCGCGGGAGGCGGAGGGGCUGCGGGAAGGCGGAGGAGUAGCGGGCGCCUGGCCCCGGCUUUCCAUGGUGCCGGCGCCGUGCGGAUCGCCCCGCCGGCAGCCGCGGAGCCGGCGGCAGCGGAGCGGCGAGGUCUGAACCAUGUGAGGGACAUUGCUGGGACAAAGGACAAGCACAGGGAACACGGAAGUUUGCCUUUCCCAGGAUGGAUCAGAGGAAGAACUGGCCUCGGAUACUGGACUCCGACGGCUGGUCAGUGGCGUUACUCUGUCUCUUCUUGGCAUCGCUUUCCCGGAAUGUGUCCAGCAAUGCCUUGUUCAGCACUUUCCACUCUGAGAACCGGGACUGGACUUUCAACCACCUGACUGUCCACCAGGGCACUGGAGCUGUCUAUGUUGGAGCUAUCAACAGGGUUUACAAGCUUUCAGGUAACCUGACCAUUUUGGUGGCUCACAAAACUGGUCCUGAGGAGGACAACAAAUCUUGCUACCCGCCCCUCAUUGUCCAGCCAUGCAGCGAGAUCCUGACCCUCACCAACAAUGUCAACAAGCUGCUGAUCAUUGACUACUCUGAGAACCGGCUGCUGGCUUGUGGGAGCCUCUACCAGGGGGUCUGUAAGCUGCUGCGCCUGGAUGACCUCUUCAUCUUGGUAGAGCCAUCACACAAAAAGGAGCACUACCUCUCCAGCGUCAACAAGACGGGCACUAUGUAUGGCGUGAUUGUGCGCUCAGAAGGUGAGGAUGGGAAGCUCUUCAUUGGCACAGCAGUCGAUGGGAAACAGGAUUAUUUCCCCACCCUCUCCAGUCGCAAACUUCCACGGGACCCAGAGUCAUCAGCCAUGUUGGAUUAUGAGCUCCACAGUGACUUUGUCUCCUCCCUUAUCAAAAUCCCCUCAGAUACGCUGGCCCUUGUUUCGCACUUCGACAUCUUCUAUAUCUAUGGUUUCGCCAGUGGCAAUUUUGUCUAUUUUUUGACUGUCCAGCCAGAGACCCCGGAGGGAGUCUCCAUCAACUCUGCCAGUGACCUGUUCUACACAUCUCGUAUCGUUCGUCUCUGCAAAGAUGACCCCAAAUUCCAUUCCUACGUCUCUCUGCCCUUUGGCUGUGUCAAAGGGGACACAGAAUACCGCCUCCUGCAAGCUGCUUACCUCUCAAAGCCGGGAGAUGUGCUGGCCAAGUCCCUCAACAUCACAGCCCAGGAAGAUAUCCUCUUUGCCAUUUUCUCCAAGGGGCAGAAACAGUACCACCAGCCACCAGAUGACUCUGCGCUCUGCGUCUUCCCUAUUCGCACUGUCAACGCGCAGAUCAAGGACCGCCUGCAGUCCUGCUAUCAGGGAGAAGGCAACCUGGAGCUGAACUGGCUGCUGGGGAAAGAUGUUCAGUGCACUAAAGCGCCAGUUCCAAUUGAUGAUAAUUUUUGUGGGCUUGACAUUAACCAGCCCCUUGGAGGUUCGACACCGGUGGACGGAGUGACGCUCUUUACCUCUAGCCGGGACCGGAUGACUUCUGUUGCUUCGUACGUCUACAAUGGCUACAGUGUGGUGUUCGUGGGAACUAAAAGUGGCAAGCUGAAGAAGAUCCGAGCAGAUGGUCCUCCCCACGGUGGAAUUCAGUAUGAAAUGGUCACAGUCUUCAAGGACGGGAGCCCUAUCCUUCGAGACAUGGCCUUCUCCAUUGAGCAGAAGUAUCUAUAUGUCAUGUCGGAACGACAGGUGUCCCGGGUGCCCGUAGAGUCCUGCGAGCAGUACACGACCUGCGGGGAGUGCCUGAGCUCGGGGGACCCGCACUGCGGCUGGUGCACGCUUCACCACGUGUGCUCGCCGAGGGACAGCUGCCGGCGGGCGGACGAGCCGAACCGAUUCGCCGCCAGCAUCGGCCAGUGCAUGAGCGUCAGCGUGCAGCCCAGCAGCAUCUCCGUGUCGGAGCACAGCCGCCCGCUCAGCCUGCUGGUGAGCGACGCUCCAGACCUGUCGGCUGGGAUCACCUGCCUCUUCGGAAACCUCACUGAGGUGGAAGGUGGGGUGUCGGGCAGCCAGGUGGUGUGCGUUUCGCCAGCCGCCAAAGAUGUCCCUGCCAUACCUGUGGAUCAAGACUGGUUUGGCGUCGUGCUGCAGCUGAAAUCUAGGGAGACUGGGAAGACAUUUGUCAGCACGGAGCUCAAGUUCUACAACUGCAGUGCCCACCAGCUGUGCCUGUCCUGCGUGAACAGCGCUUUCCGCUGCCACUGGUGCAAGUACCGGAACCUCUGCACCCACGACCCCACCACGUGUUCCUUUCAGGAGGGGCGGAUCAACGUCUCUGAGGACUGCCCGCAGCUCCUGCCCACCGAGGAGAUCCUGAUCCCGGUGGGAGAGGUGAAACCCAUCACGCUGAAAGCCCGAAACCUGCCCCAGCCGCAGUCGGGCCAGCGCGGGUACGAGUGCGUGCUCAGCAUCCAGGGAGCGAUCCACCGCGUGCCCGCCCUGCGCUUCAACAGCUCCAGCGUCCAGUGCCAGAACAGCUCGUAUCUCUAUGAUGGGACGGACAUAAGCAACUUAGCAGUGGACUUUGCUGUGGUUUGGAACGGGAACUUUGUUAUCGACAACCCCGAGGAUUUGAAAGUUCACCUGUACAAGUGCGCGGCCCAGCGGGAGAGCUGCGGCCUCUGCCUCAAGGCCGAGCAGAAGUUCGAGUGCGGCUGGUGCAGCGGCGAGGCCAAGUGCACGCUGCGCCGGCAUUGCAGCUCCCCCGCCGUUCAGCCCUGGCUCGACUGGUCCAGCAGAAACGUCAAGUGCUCCAACCCACGCAUCACCGAGCUCCUGACAGUGUCCGGCCCUCCCGAAGGCGGCACGAGGGUGACCAUCCGCGGCGUGAACCUGGGGCUGGACUUCUCCGAGAUCGCGCACGGCGUGCAGGUGGCGGGGGUGCCGUGCGCGCCCUUGCCGGAGCAGUACGUCGCCGCCGAACAGAUCGUGUGCGAGAUGGGGCAGGCGCUGCCGGGCGUCAGCUCCGGCCCCGCGCUCCUCUGCAUCGGCGAGUGCGAGCCCGAGUUCACGGCCAAGUCGGCGCAGCACUACGUGUUCGUGAAUCCAGCAAUAAGUUUUCUGAACCCCAGUCGCGGCCCGGAGUCGGGAGGCACCAUGGUGACCAUCACUGGCCAUUACCUGGGAGCGGGCAGCAGCGUGUCGGUGGCGCUGGGAAACCAGACCUGCGAGUUCUACGGGCGAUCCACGAGUGAGAUCGUGUGCGUGUCUGCCCCGUCCAUGCACGGCCUCGGCUCUGUUCACGUCUCGGUGAGCGUUGAUCGGGCGCAGCUCGAAAGGACCUUGCUGUUCGAGUACAUCGACGAUCCAAAAGUGCAGCACAUCGAGCCCGAAUGGAGCAUUGCCAGCGGACACACGGCUCUGACGGUCACCGGGUCCAACCUGGACGUGAUCCAGGAGCCAAGGAUUCGCGUCAAGUACAACGGAAAGGAGUCUGUCAACGUCUGCAAGGUGGUGAACACCACCACCCUGACGUGCCUGGCGCCCGCCCUCACGCCCGAGUACCGGCCCGGCCUGGAUGCCGUCGAGCGCCCGGACGAGUUUGGUUUUAUCUUUAACAACGUGCAGGCUCUGCUGGUCUAUAAUGACACGAAGUUUAUAUACUACCCCAACCCCACGUUUGAACUCCUGAGCCCUACGGGGGUGCUGGAGCAGAAACCCGGGUCGCCCAUCAUCCUCAAGGGCAAAAACCUGUGCCCACCCGCCCCAGGAGGAGCAAAGCUGAACUACACCGUCCUGAUCGGUGAAACGCCCUGCGCCGUCACCGUGUCGGAGACCCAGCUGCUGUGCGAGCCUCCAAAUCUCACCGGGCAGCACAAAGUGAUGGUGCGCGUCGGUGGCGUCGCCUUCUCGCCCGGUUCGGUGAGCAUCGUCUCGGACAGCCUGCUGACCCUGCCGGCCAUCGUCAGCAUCGCGGCCGGAGGCAGCCUGCUCCUCGUCAUCGUCAUCAUCGUGCUCGUCGCCUACAAGCGCAAGUCCCGCGAGAACGACCUCACCCUCAAGAGGCUCCAGAUGCAGAUGGACAACCUGGAGUCGCGGGUGGCCCUGGAGUGCAAGGAGGCUUUUGCAGAGCUGCAGACGGACAUCAAUGAAUUAACCAGCGACCUGGAUCGUUCAGGAAUCCCAUACCUUGACUAUCGGACGUACGCGAUGAGGGUGCUUUUCCCAGGCAUCGAGGACCAUCCUGUGCUUCGGGAGCUGGAGGUCCAAGGGAACGGGCAGCAGAAUGUGGAGAAGGCCUUGAAGCUCUUUGCGCAGCUGAUCAACAACAAAGUGUUUCUGCUGACGUUCAUCCGAACGCUGGAGCUGCAGCGCAGCUUCUCCAUGCGCGACCGCGGCAACGUGGCCUCCCUCAUCAUGACGGGCCUGCAAGGCAAGCUGGAGUACGCCACCGACGUGCUGAAGCAGCUGCUCUCCGACCUCAUUGAGAAGAACCUGGAGAACAAGAACCACCCCAAACUGCUCCUGCGCAGGACGGAGUCGGUGGCUGAGAAGAUGCUGACCAACUGGUUUGCCUUCCUCCUCCACAAGUUCCUCAAGGAAUGUGCUGGAGAGCCCCUUUUCAUGCUCUACUGUGCCAUCAAGCAGCAGAUGGAGAAAGGCCCAAUUGAUUCCAUCACAGGAGAAGCCCGUUACUCCCUGAGUGAGGAUAAGUUGAUCCGGCAGCAAAUUGAGUACAAAACUCUGAUCCUGAACUGUGUAAACCCGGAUAAUGAGAACAGUCCAGAGAUCCCUGUGAAGGUGCUGAACUGUGAUACCAUCACUCAAGUCAAAGAGAAGAUCCUAGAUGCAGUAUACAAAAAUGUCCCAUAUUCUCAAAGACCAAGAGCUGUUGACAUGGACUUGGAGUGGCGCCAGGGCCGGAUAGCUCGUGUGGUCCUGCAAGAUGAAGACAUCACCACCAAGAUUGAAGGAGAUUGGAAACGCUUGAACACCCUGAUGCAUUAUCAGGUGUCGGACCGCUCGGUGGUGGCUCUCGUUCCCAAGCAGACCUCCUCCUACAAUAUUCCUGCCUCCGCCAGCAUAUCCCGGACGUCGAUCAGCAGAUACGACUCUACCUUCCGGUACACGGGCAGCCCGGACAGCCUGCGCUCCAGGGCUCCCAUGAUCACCCCGGACCUGGAGAGCGGGGUCAAAGUCUGGCACUUGGUCAAAAACCAUGACCACGGAGACCAGAAGGAAGGGGACCGAGGCAGUAAGAUGGUGUCUGAGAUCUACCUGACUAGGUUAUUAGCUACAAAGGGUACACUGCAGAAAUUUGUGGACGACUUGUUUGAGACGUUGUUCAGCACUGUGCACCGAGGCAGCGCGCUCCCGCUGGCCAUAAAGUACAUGUUUGAUUUCUUGGACGAGCAAGCAGAUAAGCACGGCAUCCACGACACAGAUGUGCGGCACACGUGGAAGAGCAACUGCCUUCCUCUCCGCUUCUGGGUGAAUGUAAUAAAAAACCCCCAGUUCGUGUUCGAUAUCCACAAAGGCAGCAUCACGGAUGCCUGCCUCUCGGUCGUGGCUCAGACCUUCAUGGAUUCGUGCUCCACCUCAGAGCACCGCCUGGGCAAGGAUUCCCCCUCCAACAAGCUGCUCUACGCCAAGGACAUCCCCAGCUACAAGAGCUGGGUGGAGAGGUAUUAUGCAGACAUUGCCAAGCUCCCAGCCAUCAGCGACCAAGAUAUGAACGCCUACCUCGCGGAGCAGUCGCGCCUGCACUCUGCCGAGUUCAACAUGCUGAGCGCACUUAACGAGAUCUACUCCUACGUCAGCAAAUACAGCGAGGAGCUCAUUGGGGCUUUGGAGCAGGAUGAACAGGCACGUAGGCAGCGUCUGGCAUACAAAGUAGAACAACUUAUUGGUGCCAUGUCUAUCGAGAGCUGAAGAAAGGCCGUGAUGCUCUCGGAGAGGAGCAGAGUAUUGCAAGGACUCUCGGGAACCAAGAGCGAGAAGACGCAAGAAAGGCACUGGACACACACAAACACCGAAGGGUUUUCCGGAGGGAGCAGACACUGGCCCAAGGACUUACUGUGUUUAAAACCACACAGAAUGCAGUUCGAGAAGAUGGGGCAAAAAAUAGACAAAGCAUCUCAAUCAAAAUCACAUCAAGAUGGAUCAAUUUUUCAAGUGUACCUGGAAAGAAGGAACCUGGAUGUCUCCAUGACUGCUGCUUUGCAUGAAAAUUGUUUGAUGUAUAUUAGGAAAUAAAACUUUAUUUAAAUGGUUUUUUUUAAAAAAAAAAAAAAAAAAAGGAAAAAGAAAAAAAAAUAAAUAGAGUGAAAAACCACAGAGGCCACAGCGAUAAUCCUGGCAACACAGCUCAAUUCCAAUUUCCGUCUUCAUGAGAUUCCCGAGGUAUGCGGCUCGGACCCUGUGAAUGGACCCUUACGCCAAUAGGAAAGUUUGGAAAAGAGAAAUUUUCUUCUUUCUGGGAUCUUGUAAAAAUAUGAGCACAAGUUUGCACCAAACCUUUUUACACAAGUGAGAUAAGUUUAGCCAGGAGAAGGUUCAGUGGCAGAGUAAAUUAUAGGCACUAGAAGAAACUUUACCUGAACUGCAAAACCACCAGAUCAUCCAACCUGUCUUGAAAUCCAGCUUUAUCUAUGUAUUUAUAUAGUGUCUAUAUAUAUAUAUAUAUAUAUAUAUAUAUAUAUUUUAAAUCCCGUUUACUGUUGAAUGAGGAAGGAUCUGAUUUUAAAUGCUCUCCCCGUUCUGUCUGCGCCCCGCGCGCCCCCGGCCGCGGUGCUCCACGGUGCUCCGCGGUGCCGGUGCCGGCGCGGCGGGUUUUCUGCAGGUACAAUUUGAGCGGCUCGGGCAGAGCGUUCCUCGCCGCGUUCCCGUGCGUCGGUGGUGUUUUGCGGCAGCCGCAUCUGAUUUCUUGCAGUAAAAACGAACGAAACCCCGAUGUUUACAGUGAGUGAUACUUGAAAAGACUAGGUUUAGCGAGGUGACGUAUUUAUUGCUUUUCCUGUUCCUCCUCGCAGACGAGAUCGGGGCAGACUCUGGGGGGACCCGCCGCCCGCGCCCCGCCGAGCCCGCUGCCCGCGUGGCCGUCCCGGCCGGCCGCGACGGCCCCUGCGCCCGGCGAAACUCCAGCGCCUGCGUUGCUCCCUGAACGGAGGCCAGAGCUUCCGCGGCCCUUUGCAGGGCGCCGGGGGGGGGAAGGCUCCCUCCGCGAUACCCGCUGCUGUUGGCACCGGCUGCGGCGGCGGCGGCCGGGUCCGCUGCGAUUGCAGCCCGGGGCUCGUCCCCGCACCCCUCGGCGCCCGCUCCCGGGGAAGGGUCUGCGUGGAGGGCGGCCGGAGGCUCCCGCGGCGCCCGGAGGCUCCCGCGGCGCCCGGACCCCCAGGGCUGCGGGCUGCCGGGGCGCUUAGGAGCAGAGCCGGCGGCGGCGGGCGGCAGCGGUGAGAGCGCUACUCAGGAACCUUGUCGUUUUAAUUAGCGGUCGCUAAAAGCCAUGCUGAGCCCACUUGCUUUGGGUAGUCCACUUUUGUGAGGUUCUCUGGGCCGUACUGAUGUCCGGAAGAAAUGCUAAUGACCGACCUCGUGCAAUAAGCUCCUGAGGUCCACAGCAGCCUGCGCUUUGCACCCGGAGGGCUCCGGCGUACGGAGACGUGCAGAGCGCUGGCGCGAAAAGAGGGAGCCUGAGGAACGGAGCCGACCUCGUUCGGCCGCUAGCAGGAAACUCCCUUCCCGGGGGUCCUUUCCCUGCGCGCUGCGCCGCGAUCCGCAGACGGCGAACGCAGAAACGUCGAGCUUGUCCGCUUGGAGCGGCUCCUUGCCCACCCGCGCGUUGCUGCUGGCGCUGCAGGUGGUUGUUGAGUGUCGGGCUUUGAAAUCCCCCCGGAAGAUCUAAUUUUUUACAGGGUUCUCUUGCCAUCAUUCACAAAGGCCCAGCGCCUGGCUUUGGUGAAGGUUUCCAGGCAAAUAUUCCAGUUACGGUGGUUGUUUUGAGUAUUCACGUUCUCCAGUUAUUCAGCUUCUUCCUCAGAUUGCCACGGUACGCCGAACCCCCAAAGGCAAUGGGAGCCAGAUGCUUCUGAACGUUAACCUGAACAGUUUUUCCAUAGGCUUCACAAAACGUGGAUACUGCCCAAAGCAAAGACCUGCUUCCACCGCCUGGAUGCCGGUGCUGGUGCCGGCUCAGCCGCGUGACCUGCCCCGGGACCUCAGUGUCUGAUUUUCUUCACGCCAGUUUGCAAGGCUUUUGCAUAACUGAUUUUAAGCCAUUUUCCUCCGCCUGGGCUCUGUCUUUGGGUGAGGAGCACCCGAUGAGCAGCAUUUGUCGCUCCCCCCUUCCCAGCGCCAGGUCCCCUGUAGGUGCCCCGGUGACAUGUCUGCGUCGUGCCGGUGGGGUUGGCUUGCGAGCAAGGGUGAAGCGACUCGAGCACGUGCAGCGGGACGAAGCAAGGGCUCCGUGAGCGCCGCGGAGACGAGGUGGGCGACGGGGCGACUUUUUCAUGUGUUGUGGGAGGAAACGGAGAAGAGGAGGAAACCAAACCAACAGGAGCACUUUGCGAAGCAGUAAACUGUUAAACUUUUGACUGACCUCCCAAGGGAAGCGGCAGAAACGUCUAUUCUUCCAUCUUUUAAAAGGGCAUUGGACCCAGCGGGAUGGUGCAGGGAAUGGCACGUUGCUGGCUGGAAGGGAUGGCCUAUAAAUAAUCUACCAAGUUCUACUUACGGUGGUUGACAUGAAUUAUAGAUCUUUACAGGCAAUUAUAUGGAAUGAAGCAACAUAGCCCCUUGGGGCAAAGCCCUUGUAAUCUGCUGCUCUGUUCGCAUCUGACUUCUCAGUUACUCCUUCGGGAAUGGGAAGCUUCAGAGCUCCAUGUGGAAUUUUCUUUGUGCUUGCAGCAAACUGGACUCGAGGGCUGGUUAGGAGGGGGCAGUGACUAUGCCUUAGACGAAAUGAUUUUACCUCCCUCUCGUUGCCCCCUUCUUCCUGCACAGCUGGCUGGGAGAAACACAGCUCGCUCUUUUGAUUCUCCAGUUCACUUUUUUUCAGGUAUUUUGACAUCAAAGUGGGAGACGUCAUUUUCUGGGAUCUCUCUGUCUGGUGUUACUGCUUAAAUAAUUCCAUUUAAUCUUCUGCUCAUGAGCUAUCAAAGCACCCACUCCAAGGGGGAGCCAGGUGCUAAUCAAACGCUUCUCCACCUUGAAAGCCUUUAUUAAAAACCCGCAGACAAGAGCUGAACAUAUAAGCAAGCUUGUCUCGGCAGGAAGCCCUGCUGUAGAGCACCGCAGUGCUGCAGCCCACCAAAGUACAGAGGACCUGGAUGGACAUCACGGUCCCCACUUCAGCACAGAAGAUGGGUCCAGGUCUGAAAGAAGGCAGGAUGGAUGGGCCUUGCUGCUGGUAGGAAGCAUCCUGGGCACGGUAUGUCAUGGAGGGGGAGGUUAUCUGAAUAAGGAACCUGGCCUUGGACACGCCGGAUAGCAAUCCUGCAGCUGGCCAUGGACGUGCCGGACGGCAAUCCUGCCCCACAGGCUCUCGGUGCUGUGACAGAACAGGGACACCAAGGGCCACCGCUCCGCGCCAGCGGCAACCGAGCCCUUCAUCACAGCAGUGCCUUCAACACGCUGUCUUAAACUCCUUGUGACCCGCCCCCACUUAAGUUAUCUAGUAUACCUUUGAGUGGAUUUUACCAAAACCACCGUGGCACAUUUAACAAUUUGAGUGGGCGCAUCAAGGACUUCAGCCCCAAACUCUUGGGUUCAUCUUUGCAUGCUACCGACCCCGCACGCCCAUGUGAGCCACUGCAGUCCGCAUUUGGCAGUCUGGAGGGCUUCCUUCACCUGGGAGUCACACGUGCACGCGACGUCUGGUCUCCAGAAGCCCUGAGCAUGGCCCCGGGAGGUGGGUCGAAGCCGCAGCCCAGUGGUGCUUUAGCCCGUGCCCGAUCAGGCGCCGGCGCUGUCGGGGCUCCGCCGUCAUGAGGACUCGGCGCGGCUGCCUGGCGGCCACGGUGCUUCGCCACUGCACGCCUCCGAUCUUGCAUUGAAAUUCUCUGCUUUUCUGCAGGGCUCCUGCUCGGCUGCUGCUGGGGCUGCGCCGGAAGCCGCUCCAGCUGCCCCGUUGGACCGCGGUGGGACAUGCUCUGUCCAUGCUGUGAACACUGAUGUGUCCGUGCUUAUCCCUCCUGAGCCCCGUUUCCCUACGUGUUGCCCGUUCCUUCCCUUCUCUCCUUGUAAAAGUGGAAUAUAAUAACGAGGAAGGUCCUGCAGUGCGUAGGAAGGCGCUGGUGAGACCUCCAGGUCGCAUCCCACAGGGUGGACAAUGUCCCCGCACGCACCAGGGCGCCCGAGGCUGCUGGAUCGAGUCGGAAAUCUCCUGGAGGGCCUUUCCUUGGAGAUUUGUUAUGGCUCUGCUGCAAAUGAGCUUGGAAGUUUGCACAGCAGCUUCUCCAUCCAACGUGUCCGGCUCCAAGGCCGGGCAGAUGGAAGGUACACCUUGAAGAGGAGCCAUCAAAAAGCAAGCUAACCAAUCAGCUGAUUUUGCCAAAUUAUUUCACAGGUUCAGACGAUACUGCAGUAAAAUACCCUUCUAGUAUUGAUGAGUGUCUGAUGUUUAAUGACACCUUGGGGCUGUUACGACAAGCGGUGGGAAGCAGCAAGGGGAAGGGAAUACACAGGUACUAAAAUCUCCGUCAUCCCCCCAGAUGAGUCCCCUAAGGUUUUAGAAUGUGGAGUUAUUAGUUGUGGAACAAAUUCUUAUCUUUUCUGACCCGCUCCUUAAACUAAACAGGCGCCAGUUCUAAGGGAUUUGUGUACUGGCAGGGAAAGGAGUUGGCCGGUGUCCUCGCCCGCUCCUCCUGCCCGUCCUCUGGCUCCUCCCUUCCCCGUUACACUUGACACACUGGAGUUCUGUAUUAUAUAUAUUUUUUUUUAAGAUGAUUGUCUGUUUUUUUGUUGUUUUUACAAGUGUUGUGGAAAAAAUGUAAGAAAGUUUAAGUAUUUAAAAAUGUUCCAAGGGGGAAAAAAGGGGGUUUUGUUAUUAUUCUAAUAUAUUAUUGUGUACCUAUUGUAAAUAUGAAACACUCCUAUUUUGCAAGCCAAGGACUCACUUUGUACUGUUAUAUAUAAAUAAAG